AUGCGGUCCAACAGCGCUUCUCAAAGCUUGGUCGAUGCCUCCCAUUUUGCCGAGGACUUUUCCUUCCCGCCCCACGACCUCCAGGACCAGAAUGCAAUCAUGUUUCUCGGCGACGCGGACCACGCUACCGACAUGUUCUCAACCUCGCACCGCCAUUCCGUCUCUUCUGUAAGCGGCGGCGGUCGUCAAAACUCCAUCACCGUCAUGUCCGUCCCCUACGGCAGGGCCGUCGACCAGCGCCGGCACAGCGUCAUCACCUCGGAAGACGGCAGCCAGGACGACCAGGCCGAACCCAAUCCUCUCGAGGACAACGGCGCCGACGAAUUCGGCUUGCCCACCCAGGCCGGCAAUGCAUCUGACUUGUCAAAAUCCAAGGACGACAAAUCCGACCAGACGCCCGCCUGGAGUGAGCUGAAGACGAAGGCCGGCAAGGAGAGGAAACGGCUCCCAUUGGCGUGCAUUGCCUGCCGCCGCAAGAAGAUUCGAUGUUCGGGAGAGAAGCCUGCGUGCAAGCACUGCCUGCGAUCGCGCAUCCCCUGUGUUUACAAAGUCACGACGAGAAAAGCUGCCCCCCGUACCGACUAUAUGGCCAUGCUGGACAAGCGACUGAAGCGCAUGGAGGAGCGCAUCAUCAAGAUCGUACCCAAGAGCGAGCAAGACGCGAGCGCCGCCUCUCUGACCCGGGCUGUCGUCAAGCCGGCGAUCCCAGGCUCACUCUCCGCUUCAAAAGCCAACGCAAAGAAGCGACCCGCAGACGAAGCCUUUGGCCAGGACCUUGACCACUGGGCAAAAGCUCCAGCCAAGACAAGAAUCGAACCGCCAAACAAAUCCAACACCCUCCAGGCCCAAGAAGCAGAAGAGAACAAGCUAUUCCUCGAAGGUCUCGACGCGCUCCCGCCCAAGGAGCUCCAAGAACACUUAGCCGAGAUCUUUUUCGAGAACAUCUACGGCCAAGCGUACCAUCUCCUCCACAAGCCAAGCUACAUGAGGAAGCUCAGAGCCGGCACGUUGCCACCCGUUCUUGUCCUAUCUGUCUGCGCCAUUGCAGCCCGUUUCUCCAGCCACCCGAAACUCAACAGCUCGUCGCCAAACUUCCUGCGUGGCGAAGAAUGGGCUUCGCACGCAAGAGACAUCUGCACCAGGCGGUAUGAGUGGCCCAACAUCACGAUAUUGACAUGCCUUUUGAUUCUAGGCCUGCACGAGUUUGGUACCUGCCACGGCGGUAGGAGCUGGGCCCUCGGCGGGCAAGCGAUCCGCAUGGCUUUCGCCUUGCAACUCCACAGGGAUCUUGAUCACGACCCCUUGAACCGAAAUGGGGCGUCGCAACUAAGCUUUAUCGACCGGGAGAUUCGACGGAGAACAAUGUGGGCCUGCUUCCUUAUGGAUCGUUUCAACUCGUCUGGAACAGAACGGCCGACUUUCGUAAGGGAGGAGACGAUUGAGAUCCCGUUGCCGAUCAAGGAAAAGUACUUUCAGCUCGACAUGCCAGCCCCGACCGAGACUCUGCGAGGCAAGGUUCCUCACCCGGUAUCCGCAGAAGACGGACAGCUCGCCGACGUGAAGGAGAACAUGGGCGUCGCUGCCCACAUGAUCAAGACGAUCGCCAUCUGGGGUAAAAUCAUCACGUACCUGAACCAGGGAGGCAAGGAACUCGACCCUCAUCCGAUUUGGAGCCCCGAGUCUCAGUACGCGACCCUGAUGCGGGAGGCGGAGGAGCAGCUGAAUAACAUCCCCGACUUCCUGAAGUACUCUCCCGAGAACCUGCAGCUGCACGACACAGAAAGGAUGGCGAACCAGUACUUGUUCCUUCACAUCGCCAUGCAGCAGAACAUCCUGUUUCUUAACAGGGUAGCCGUCGCGUCGCCAAACAGCCCGGUUGCUCAAGACGUUCCUCGAGAAUUCGUCACAAAGGCCGGAGACAACACAUUUGCCGCUGCGAAUCGUAUUUCAGAAGUCCUCAAAGAUGCCGAGUCGUAUAUGGUCACCGCGCCAUUUGUUGGUUACUGUGCCUUCUCGUCGGGUACCGUCCACAUCCUGGGUAUCUUCUCGGGCAAUCCUGCCGUGGAGGCGGCGUCCAAGCGGAACUUGGCAACCAACGUCAAGUUCCUGUCCAAGAUGAAGAGGUACUGGGGCAUGUUCCACUACAUGUCGGAGAACCUGCGCGAGCAGUACCGGACCUGUGCAGACGCUGCCAGAGGAGGAUCUCAGACCAAGGAGAGUUCGACGGCGUCGCCCAUCUUCCAGUAUGGCGACUGGUUCGAUCGUUACCCCCACGGCGUCUCCCAGUCCGACUUUUCAGACCCAGCGACGGCCAAGAAGAAGGAGAAGGGCGACGAUGCAGUGUUGGAACAGAAGCCGGAGCUCCACACUGUCGAGGAGUUCUUCACAACCUUGUCCCCACCGCGCAGCACCGAAGGCAACACAUCGAGACCCAACCCUCUAAAGCGCAAGUCGUUCGCCGGGAAGAAGCUGGGCACGUCGGGCAUGCGCUCAGAUGGAAGUCAAUUGGAACCACUGUCCACUGAAAACAUUGCUGCAUCAGCUCAGGAGCAACUGAGUGCUCGCAUGCAACAGCAGCGGGGCAUGUCCGGCGCUCUUGGCGGGCAGACUAGCGGCCCUUCCAGCUUCAAUCCCCUCACCGUGCCACAUUCCCAGGGCUCAAACUACCACGCCUUGUCCCCGAUCAGCCCCAUUGCUGUCAGUCAGUUCGGGCAUCAUCACCAAGGACCCGCGCCGUUCUACCCGCCUGAUCUGCUCAGCAUGUCUCUGAACCAGCAGAACGGGAUACUACAGCCCCUUGAUCGACAGCUCGUGUUUGGUGCGUAUUCGAUGGAACCGGGCAACAUGGGCCACUUUGACGGCCUCGACUGGGAUGGCAUGCCAUCCAGUGCCCACAGCACUUCCGGGACACACCGGGAGGGUUCCCGCCCACGUCCGCAACGAAACGCCAAUGGUAUGGGCGGACACGGCCACCAGACAGACGGCAUGGGCUUUGUCGGCCAAGAGGCGUCGUCCGCUUGGUUCAUGCCGUUCAAUAUGGAGCCACCCGAGAUUGGGCAGGACAUGGGCAUGAACCUCGAUGGCUUCGGCAACAUGUUCAGCAACGGCCUGCACCACGGCGCGAGAUGA